AUUUUACACCAAAAAAAAGAAGAAAAAAAAAGUCGUCUUCUUUCUUCUUUAGCUCCUUGCUUCGUUUUCUUGUUAUUGCGACUAAUAAUUACUGCACUCCUAUAAUUUUCAAGUCAAAUCAAAGGAGGUGUUUAAUUUGAAGAGGUAGGAACCCUAAAAUUGAUUGCGAUGGGGCGAGGAAAGAUCGCGAUUCGAAGGAUCGACAAUUCAACGAGCCGGCAAGUAACGUUUUCGAAAAGAAGAAAUGGAUUGCUGAAGAAAGCUAAGGAAUUGUCCAUUCUGUGUGAUGCUGAAGUUGGAUUGAUUGUGUUCUCCAGCACUAGCAAGCUUUAUGAAUAUGCAAGCACCAGCAUGAAAUCAAUUAUUGAACGCUACAACAAGCUUAAGGAAGAACAUAAUCAGCUGAUGAAUCCAGCUUCGGAAGUCAAGUUUUGGCAGAGAGAAGCUGCAAGCUUGAGGCAACAACUGCAGCACUUGCAAGAAUGCCACAGGAAACUGAUGGGCGAAGAGCUUUCUGGACUGGGCGUUCAAGAACUACAAAAUCUUGAAAAUCAACUGGAGAUGAGUUUAAAGGGUGUUCGCAUGAAAAAGGAUCAAAUUUUCACAGAUGAGAUUAAAGAACUACACCAAAAGGUUUAUGAAGCAAGGAGUACAAAUGGAGAAAAUGCAGCAUCCAAUCCUCCAUACACUAUCGGAAAUGGAUAUGACUUACUUGCACCUAUCAGUCUCCAACUAAGCCAGCCAGAGACUCAAUACACUGAACCACCUGCCAAAGCAAUGAAACUGGGGUAUUUCCUCACACCAAUAAUAACACAGUUCUUUUCUAUACAUUUACUUUAUAAUUUCGUUAAAAUUAGAAACCAAAUUUCUGCAUCAGACUGCAGCUGCAAUAACAAAAACUGUUCAAGAAUCGUGGAUGAUUACCAUUUCUGA